AUGGAUCAUUCCCCAAUCACGCCCGCUAUUUUCUACUGGGGAACACCGGUGGUUCUUGUUACCACGACAAACGAAGAUGGAACCUCGAACAUCGGUCCGAUAUCAUCUGCCUGGUGGCUUGGAAAUCGCUGCGUUUUAGGGCUCGAAGGCAAUUCGCAAACAACGCUGAAUAUGAUACGUACGAAGCAAUGCGUGUUGAAUCUGCCUGACGAAACCAUGGUAUCAAAUGUGAACGCGCUCGCUCGAACGACUGGCACCGAAGAGGUCCCGGAGAUCAAAAUCAAGCUUGGCUACCGAUACGAUAAGGACAAAUUCAAAACAUCGCGAUUGACUCCGGAGGACUCGGUGAAGGUCAGUCCUCCAAGAAUCCGAGAGUGUCCGGUUCAAAUGGAGGCAGAAAUGAUUGGAGUCCACGAGCUCAUGAAGGACGGGCCGUCCGAGUUGAAAGGAUUCCUCAUGGCGAUUGAAGUUCGGGUUGUGCAAACCCACAUUGAGGAAAAACUGCGGCUCGCCGGACAUGCCAACCGCGUUGAUUCAGACAAAUGGAAGCCGAUGAUUAUGUGCUUCCAAAAGCUUUAUGGAUUAAAGGAUGGCGAGCUUGCGAACUCGACCCUUGCAGACAUUGAAGAGGAAACAUAUCGUCUUCCAGUUUAA